AUGGUUUUUGUCCCUCACUUUUUUGUCAUCCUUCCCGAUGAGACCGAAAGAGAUCCCGAUUCUGGCCAAGCCACGAAUGUGCAAUCGCUUUUGCAUUCUCGGGAGCUGGGCAAACGAACAGUUGAGGUUAGAAGGUAUAUUUUCUUCCCUACUUGCUUAUAG